CUCUCCCUCAUCCAGAGGGACCAUGGCUCUGCUGGUGACCUGUGGCCAAGAAGAGCCAGGGGAAGGUGCGGAGCAGCACAAGCCCGAGACCCAUGAGAGAGCCCGAGCGCAGAAGGCGAGGGGGGUGCUCUCCCCAGAGGCCCUGCUCGCUCCAGCCGUGCUGCAGAACAUGACCCUCGUGGAGCUGGCGAGCAGCUCGCGGGAGCUGUGGGAUAUCCUGGAUAACCUCUCGGAGCGGGACCAUGCUCCGCAUCCCAGAGACCGGAGGGACUUGGGGCCGGCCUCAGGCAAACUGAAAAAAAUUUUCGGCUGGGGAGAUUUCUAUUCCAACAUCAAGACGGUGAAGCUGAACCUCUUGAUCACCGGGAAGGUGGUGGAUCACGGCAACGGCACGGUCAACGUCUUCUUCCGCCACAACUCGACGGGGCAGGGGAACAUCUCCGUCAGCCUCGUCCCCCCCACCAAGGCGGUAGAGUUCGACCUGGAGCAACAGAUCUUCAUCGAGGCCAAAGAAUCCAAAAUCUUCAACUGCCGCGUGGAGUACGAGAAAGUGGACCGCGCCAAGAAGACCACGCUCUGCACCUACGACCCCUCCAAGACCUGCUCCCACGAGCACACCCAAAGCCACGUCUCCUGGGUCUGCUCCAAGCCCUUCAAAGUCAUCUGCAUCUACAUCACCUUCUACAGCAUAGACUACCGGCUGGUGCAGAAGGUGUGUCCCGACUACAACUACCACAGCGACGUGCCCUACUACCCCUCGGGAUGAGGAGCUCUGCCCAGCUCAGGAUCCCCCGGUGACGAGGGGGCGCUGGGGGGGGCGGGGGGAGGGAUGGGGAUGGAUUUUAAGCGGGGUGGGAGCGCAGCGGUCCCUAAAAAAAGGAGAAGCGAGGGAGGAAGAGGAGGGAUUUCUGUUUUCCCCAAAAGCUCCAACGUCAAGAGGAGGAGUCGGAGGCGAUGGGGUGACGGCGUUGCUAAACCCGGCGCGGAUCCGUGGUCUUUGGAGACGGGCACGCGAAGACAGGGUCUGAAACUGGGAUAAAAAACAGGACAUAAACCACAACCAGGACUUGCGUUUUCUCAGUGCAAUAAUGGAUUUGCCUGGAUCUAGGCCGCGUGGUCCUGAAAGGUCGGCAGCCAGGGAAAGGUCGCCUCCAGGAGCAGGCUCGUAGGGCCGGGAGCCAGGAGAAGACCCCAGCAGGGACGAGGGCACCCGACGCACUCCGGGGCUGGAAGCCAGCCGUGGGCAGCCCCCUCGCCCGGGUGCCAGGAGGAACGGGAGCUGGGUUUCCCCACACGUGGGACAGCCCUCGGGGUGCCAAGGGCUGCGGGGAUGACAGAGGGGCAGGGAGGUCCCUUCCCGGGUGCCGCCCCACCGCAGCUCCUGGCUUUCGGGGACCGGGCCCCGCUGGCUCCACCAGCUCGAGAAAUCCUGGUCGAAUCUGUCAAAUCUGCUGACACAAUAUAUGAUUCAUGUGUUUCCCCUGACACCGUGUGAUUCAUGCGUUUCCCCUUCAUCUCAUCCGUGCUUCCCAGCGCGCCGCCCGGCUCCCCCAGCGCCCGCUCCCCCCCUCGCCUGCGGGGUCUGCAGCGCCCGGGUGGCGAGGAGCGCGCCCGCACGCGGGAGGUCGAGCUCUGACUGUAGCAUUUCAUUUAUUUUGAAGGAGGAAAAAAAAAAAAAAAAAAUGAUAGCGUUGUCCUUGGGAAAGAAUAAAGUUUUUACGGUGGCACUAA